AUGGGUCUCCUCACGUCCAGUCCCCAACAUCAACCCCCCUCAGACGACAAUGCCAUCGUGACUUCUUCCACCAACAACCCCACGACACCAGACGACAAGAUGGCCGCCGCUCCAGGCCGUCACAGCGACAAUUCGCUGAGUCUUGCCGACAAGAGCGAAACCAUCGAGCUCCAGCUGCGCGCCACCCAAUCGUCCGCCGUCCAAAAGGAGGACCUCGAUCUCGACCGUGAUGGUCGCGACAGCAUCGCCGACGGUCAGGUCACAGACUACCGCACCUACCGCCGCCGCUGGUUCGGCGUCGCACAGCUGACAUUGCUCAACAUUAUUGUGAGCUGGGAUCCCUACAGCUGCGCUGCUGCGCUGCUGCCCGGCAAGCUUUUGUGA